AUGCAGAUGCUCACUAAGUUUGAGAGCAAGAGCCCAAGGGUCAAGGGCAUUGCGUUCCACCCGAAGACACCACUGCUCGCUGCCUCGCUGCACAAUGGUACCAUCCAGCUGUGGAACUACCAGAUGGGCACCCUCGUUGACCGGUAUGACGAGCACGACGGACCUGUUCGUGGUAUCUGCUUCCACCCUACUCAGCCUAUCUUCUGCUCGGGAGGCGACGACUACAAGAUCAAGGUGUGGAAUUACAAGCAGCGAAAGUGCCUGUUCACCUUGACCGGACAUCUCGAUUAUGUCCGCACCGUCUUCUUCCACCGCGAGUACCCGUGGAUCAUCUCCGCGUCGGACGAUCAGACUAUCCGGAUUUGGAACUGGCAAUCAAGGACGUGUAUCGCCAUUCUCACUGGACACAAUCACUACAUCAUGUGCGCUCAGUUCCACCCCUGGGAUGACCUCGUCGUUUCCGCCUCGAUGGAUCUCACCGUCCGAGUCUGGGACAUCUCCGGCCUUCGCAAGAAGAACCAGGCACACCAGGCGCCCAUGUCCUUCGAGGAACAAGCGGCACGGGCGAACCAGGGUCAAGCCGACCUCUUUGGCAACGCCGACUGCACCGUCAAGUUCCUCUUGGAGGGACACGACCGCGGAGUCAACUGGGCGUCGUUCCACCCUACUCUCCCCCUCAUCGUCUCGUGUGGCGACGACCGGCAAAUCAAGCUCUGGCGCAUGUCCGAGACCAAGGCGUGGGAGGUCGACAGCUGUCGUGGACAUUUCAACAAUGUCUCGAUGACGAUGUUCCACCCCAGGCAUGAGCUCAUCCUGUCGGCGAGCGAGGACAAGACAAUUCGGGUCUGGGAUAUGACCAAGCGGACGGCGGUGCAGACGUUCAGGCGGGAACAUGAUCGCUUCUGGGUGUUGACUGCGCAUCCUGAGUUGAACUUGUUUGCUGCAGGCCACGACAAUGGUCUAAUCGUCUUCAAGCUCGAGCGUGAACGACCAGCCUUCUCGCUUUCCGGCAACCAGCUCUUCUACGUCAAGGACAAGGUCAUCCGCAUGGCUGACCUCACCACUGGUACCAACCAGGGUAUCUGCAGCGUCAGGAAGCUUGGAAGCCAAUGGGUCCAGCCACGGACAUUGAGCUACAACCCAGCCGAGCGCGCCGUCUUGGUCACUACCCAAGCGACCGAAAAUGGACAGUACGAGCUGGUAACUCUGCCCAAGACCGAGGGUCCCGCUGCCGGCGAUGGCAAGGAUGUCCCCAGCGAGGGCAAGAAGGGGACCGGCGCGUCUGCCAUCUUUGUGGCGAGAAACAGACUCGCCGCUCUUGACAAGACGGCUCAGUCAAUCGAGAUCCGGGACCUGUCCAACAACCUCACCAAGUCGGUCAAGUGCCCCGUGCAGACCACCGACAUAUUUUACGGCGGGACCGCCUCGCUCCUGCUCGCCACUGCCAACUCGGUCGUUCUGUUUGACAUCCAGCAGCAAAAGACCUUGGCGGAAGUCACCACUCCGGCGGUCAAGUAUGUGGUGUGGAGCGCGGACGGCAAUAUGGUCGCUUUGCUCAGCAAGCACACCAUCACUAUCGCCAACAAAUCGCUUGGCCAGAGCGCGCUCAUCCAUGAGACCAUCCGGAUCAAGUCUGCGGCAUGGGACGAUAGUGGGAUCCUCAUCUACACUACUUUGAACCACAUCAAAUACGCCCUUCCUCAAGGUGACAACGGUAUCAUCAAGACCCUCGAGCAGCCCGUCUACCUCACCCGCGUCAAGGGCCAGAUCGUGCACUGCCUCGACCGAACCGGAACCCCGCGGACCAUCACCAUCGACCCGACCGAGUACCGCUUCAAGCUCGCGCUCGCCCGCAAAAACUACGAUGAGGUCCUCCAGAUCAUCCGGAACUCGAACCUCGUCGGUCAGAGCAUUAUCGCCUACCUUCAAAAGAAGGGGUAUCCCGAGAUUGCGCUCCACUUUGUCCAGGACCAGCAGACCCGAUUCGAUCUUGCGAUCGAGUGUGGGAAUUUGCAGGUCGCGCUGGAGAUGGCGAGGGCGGUGGAUCGGGAGGAUGUGUGGAACCGGCUUGGCGCGGCGGCUUUGAAGCAGGGUAACCACUCGAUCGUCGAGACGGCAUACCAGAAGGCCAAGAACUUUGACAAGCUGUCGUUCCUGUACCUCACCACUGGCAACACCCAGCGAUUGGGAAUGAUGCAGAGCAUCGCUGUCAAGCGAGGGGACAAUAUGUCGAGGUUCCAGAACUCGCUGUACCUCGGUGAUGUGCCAUCUCGGGUCGCUGUUCUGCGCGAGACUGGGCAGUACCCCCUUGCAUACUACACUGCCAAGACCAACGGUCUGGAGGACUUGGCGCUCGACAUCCUCGAAGAAGCCGGUAUGACCGAAGACGACCUCCCUCCUCCCCCUCAAAACUCGGGUCACAGGGCCCUUGCUCCCCCUCCUAUCGUCUUCUCGCAAGCGGAAUCCAACUGGCCCAUCAAGGACCUCGGCGUCAGCUUCUUUGACCGCGCCCUCGCGAACGGCGGUAUGGACGCCGAGUCCAGCACCGCGAACGGCACAGGCGAGCAGCUUGAUGCCUGGGCGGUCAAUGGCGGAGACGUCGAUGGAGGGGAUGCGGGAGAGGAGGAUGUGGCGGAGGAUGAAGGAUGGGAUCUGGACGCCGAGGUUAUUGCCCCGCCGGAAGAAGAGGAGGUGGAUGAUGUGCUGGCACAAGGGGAGAGCUCGGAUCUGAGUGAAGGCGUCAGUCAAGGGGUCAGCGAGAAUGAAAUGUGGGCGAGGAAUAGUCCACUAGCGGCAGAUCAUGCUGCAGCGGGAGCAUUCGAAUCAGCCAUGCAGCUACUAAAUCGCCAAGUCGCCGCUGUUCAAUUCGCACCCCUCAAACCCCUCUUCCUCCAGGCAUACCAACUCGCUCACGUCCACGUCCCCGCCAACGCCUCCCUCCCAUCUCUCGAGUUCAACGUCCGCCGGAACCCCGAAGUCACCGAGCUUCGCGAGGUCCUCCCUGCGAUCGCGUUCAACUUGGACGAUAUCAAAACUGGCGAAGUGGCCGAGGCGAACCGAUUCUUUGCUCGCGCCAAGUUUGCGGAGAGUCUCGCGCUGUUCAGGGGGAUCUUGCAGAAGUUGUUGAUGGUGGUUGCUACGAAGCAGUCGGACGCGGACGAGAUCAAAGAACUGGUCAUCACGUGCCGGGAAUACAUUGUCGGCCUGACGCUCGAAGUCGAGCGGAGACGACUCGUCACGGAACAACCCGAAAACAUCUCGCGGAACCUCGAGCUCGCCGCGUACUUUACGCACUGCAAGCUCGGGGCGACGCACGUCCAGCUCGCCCUCCGGUCAGCCAUGUCGGUCUUCUCCAAAGCGGGCAAUCACGCCACAGCCGCGGUCUUUGCGCGCCGGCUCAUCGACGCCAACCCCGGAGACGCCAAGGUCAUCACCCAGGCUCGGGCCGUUCUCGCCCAGGGCGACCGAAACCCCCGUGAUGCGCACGAAAUCACCUAUGACCACUUUACGGCGUUCGAUAUCUGCCCGGCGAGCCUCACGCCUAUAUACCAGGGCUCACCGGCCGUCGUGGCUGCGUACACGGGCGCCAAGUACUUGCCCGAGUACAAGAAUACGGUGUGUGUAGUGGAUGGGAUCACGCAGGUUGGGCUGCCGGCGAGCGGGAUGAGGAGUAUUGUGUAG